UUAUUGGCUCUCACUUCUUUCAACCUCUGCAUUUAUAUAUAUAUAUAUAUGCCCACUCCCCACUCCUCCUGUUUUUCAUAUGGUUCUCAUCUUUAUAUCAUCUCUUUAGCACAUACCCAGAAGCCAGCGAAGAUCAUACAGCCAGAAAAGAGAGGAAGAGAAAAGAGAAAGAGACUAUUGGUGUGGAGAAGAUUUGAGAAGAAGGGUUUGGGUUUUUUUUUUUUUUUUGGGAUUGUUUUGUUGGUCAUAAAGAAAUGGCUGUACAAGCUCAGUUUCCUUUGUCCGGCUCACAGGAUUGGGUGGAAAAUGGUUAUGGAGAUGGAGGAGGGUUUAAUCAGUUAUAUUGUUAUUAUCUUCAACAAGAACAACAGAAACAGCAGCUGCAGCAAUGUAAUAUUCAGAUGAUACAGAACCAGCUGCAAAAGAAUCAGAAUCUUUGUUUUGAUAAUAGUUUUACUGGUUCUUCUUCUUCUUCUUUGAAUACCAGUAAUUAUCAAACUUCAAUGGCUUAUUCUCAAUGCUUUUCUGACGAUGAUGAAAAGCAAAGACAAGAGAUUGAUCAUUUUAUCAGAUUACAGAACGAGAGGUUAAGACUCUUUCUGCAAGAACAAAGAAAGCAACAGCUAGCUUCAUUAAUGAAGAGUAUAGAAUCAAUGGCAAUGCCAUUAUUGAGACAAAAGGAUGAAGAAAUAGCUCAAGCAGCUCAAAGAAUCACAGAACUUGAAGAUUUUAUAAAAAGGUUAGAGAUGGAGAACCAAUUAUGGCAAAGGGUAGCACAAGAAAACGAAGCCAUGGUUAUUUCUCUAAACAACACAAUAGAACAACUAAGGGAAAAAGGCUUAUUUUGCUUUGAAAACGGAGCAGAAGAUGCAGAGUCAUGCUGUGAUAUGAACAGAGAAGAAGAAGCAGAGGAAAAAAGCAGAGUAUUUGUUGAUGAUAACGUUACAGAAGAAGAAGAAAGAGCAAGAAAAAAGAUGAUGACGAUGGUUUGCAGAGGCUGCAACUCUAGAAAUUCGUGUAUUUUGUUUCUUCCCUGUAGGCACCUUUCUUCAUGCGAAGCUUGUGAGACCUUUCUUGAUUCUUGCCCUGUGUGUCAAGCGCCAAAGAAGGCUACCAUUGAGGCUUUAAUAGUUUAAGUUUAGAUUUUCUAGGCUCCGGAAAAUGAUUUUCCGGGAAAAGUGAAGGGGAAUAGAAAAAGGGCAAGAGAAGGAGAAGAAAAAAAGGAAAAAAAAAAAACAGAAACCCAAUUCAAUGCCUUCGCAUGCAGGCACAGGCAUUGGCAUUUGGGCAUUAGAUUUUAGUUUUUUUUUUUUUUUUUCCUGCACUCUUUAGAUAGUAUAAAACUGUACUUUUAAAACCAGCAAGAAAUCAAUCAAACAAUGAAGAAGAGAAUUACAGAACAA